GUCUCCGUAGUUGUUGCUUUUCAAAAUGGCUGCCUCCGCUGCUAGCAUCAAAGGAGCAGAAUUAUCCAAAGCGGAGUACCUAAAGCGCUAUUUGUCCAACGAUGAUGACGCCAAGAAAUCUAAGGGGAAACUUAAAAAGAAGCGGCAUAAAGUUCCAGGGAAAGGACUUACAAUAGUCGACGAUGACAUAGAUUGGAGACAGACGACGGAAGAGAAAAAUGAAGUGGAAGAGGACGACGAGGAAGCGCCCGUGAUUGCUGAAGUGAUUGAUGAGCGCCCCGAUGAUGUGAGGAUGAUGGAACUCUAUCGAAGCAGCUCCAGGUGGAGAGUCAUUGGAGAAGAUGAAAAGGAAGAGGAGGCCAGCCAAUCAGGAGACUUACCCAAGCAGUCAUCGGAAAGAAAAACCCGACAUGACUUUUCGGAUGCUUCCCCGCCUCGAAGAGGUCGCCACGAUUCCCCCGACAUCUCACCACCAAGGAAGAAACGCCACGAUUCUCCCGACAUGUCACCACCAAGGAAGAAACGCCACGAUUCCCCUGACAGGUCUCCACCCAGGAGGAAACGCCACGAUUCCCCCGACAUGUCUCCACCAAGGCAGCGUUCAGGAAAGUCAGGCAAAGCACAAAGCGCACCUGCCACCAGACGAGGUUCAGAUUCUGAUCAGUCGCCACCAAGGAAGAAGCAGCAGAAGGGACGACGGGAUUCUGACUCCGACCAGUCACCGCCCAGACGCGGGCGGCGUGGCGAGAAAGUGUCAGAUGACGACUUGUCGCCUCCUCGCAGGACGGGACAGGAGGGCAACAGUAUGCUCUCUGGCGGAAAGGCGGGUCUGGUUUCCUCGGAUGUUCUACGUAAGGAGAAAGAAGAGGCACGACGCAGAGAGGGAAACAACAAAGAGCUUGAAAAUGCAUCCCGCCACGCUCAGACUGUGUUUCGGGACAAGAGCGGCAAAAAGCGCGAUCUGGAGUCAGAGCGUGAAGAACAGAAACGAAAAGCUGAAGAAAAAGCGGCAAAGGAUGAGAAAUACGCUCAAUGGGGAAAAGGGCUGGCUCAGGGUCAGAUGCAGCAGCAGCGUCUGGACGACGCCGUGCGCGAGGCCCAGAAGCCGCUGGCGCGCAACUAUGACGACGAGGACCUAGAUCGCAUGCUGCGGGAGCAGGAGAGGGAGGGCGAUCCCAUGGCAGGCAUGUUGCGGCGCAAGAAGGAGCGCAAGACGGUUAAAGAGAAACCCAAGUAUAGAGGCCCUCCACCACCUCUCAACAGGUUCAACAUUUUACCAGGAUAUCGCUGGGAUGGGGUCAACAGGUCCAAUGGUUUCGAGCAGAAGCGCUACUCGAGGAUUGCGGACAAAAAAGCACUCCAGGAGGAAGCCUAUAAAUGGAGUGUGGAGGACAUGUAGACAAAACAAUACCAUAAAGUUGAACAAAAGCCUGUACAUAGAAGUGAACUGAGAAUCGUUUAGUGAUGGUGUAAAUAAUUAUAACAAAAUGUGGAGUUGUUAUUUUUCAAUGCUUUUAUUAAUAAAUCAUUUCACUUUGUAA